CGGCUAACAAUCAUCGUACAACGAUGAAGGUUUUCGUCAGUAUCGUCCUCUUGGCUACCGCGGUCUUCGCUGAGCCACCGAGAUACCGUCAACAAUACCAGCAACAGAAACAAUAUUACUUCGCUCAGCAGCAAGAAGAGGCCGCUCCUUAUCCCGCGUCUGGCUGGAAACCAGCGGGAGCCGUUUUUAAUUUUCCUCAAAGACAACUUCAACAGAAUGAAGCACCAAACGCGCCUCAGCAACAGUACGGAGCGCCAAGUGCGCCUCAACAACAAUAUGGAGCACCAAGCGCGCCUCAACAACAAUAUGGAGCAUCAAAUGCACCUCAACAACAAUAUGGAGCACCAAAUGCACCUCAGCAGCAAUAUGGAGCACCAAAUGCACCUCAGCAGCAAUAUGGAGCACCAAGUGCGCCACAGCAACAAUAUGGAGCACCAAGUACGCCACAGCAACAGUAUGGAGCACCAAUCGUGCCUCAGCAACAAUAUGGAGCACCAAUCGCGCCUCAGCAACAAUACGGAGCAUCAUCAAAUCCUCAACGAAAAUACGAAGAACCGGAAGAGUCUACAACAACUGAGACUCCUAACACCACCGAAGAGGAAGAAGUAUCUACUGUUCAAGGCAUCACUGAAUCUGAGUCCGAGCCCGUGAAUUCAGUAAACGAGCUCGAGGACGAGGAUGUGGAUGAGAAGCAACCUCAGCAAUCAGGAGAAUACUACGUAGCACUUCCCGACGGUCGUCUGCAGCGCGUGCGGUACAUCAGCCGUCAGAAUGUCGAGGCUAUGAAGUACUUCGCCAAGAUUCGCGCCGACAAUGUGGAGCCCCUUCGCGGUCCGAUUUACGCGUACGCACCUUUGCAAAAGCUGGAGAUCGUGCCGACCGGCUUGCAAUUGUCCGUCGCCCCGGUCAGCUCGGUCGCCGCGGUUGCAUCCGCAGAUGCCAAACCACAGAAACUCGAGAUUGAACCCGUAGCCGCGCAAGUGCAAUAUCAGUACGACAACCCCUCACGCGUGGUGCCUCUGGCUAAUCCUUUGAGUACAACCUACACCGCCUACGCAGCUAACUAUCAGGCACCGACAGCAGACUCCAGAUUCCUCCUUACUUUCCAGUGAACCAAACAUAACCCGACGUGACGACCCUUGUAAAUUGCAUUGUACAUGUUGCAUAAAUUAGUGUGUAGUGACAAUUAGGCUAAGCUGUU